CCACAACUAACCAUUCCGCGCUCCUCGAUCACGACUUGUGCACUUGAAUGAGACGGACGACGGGCGCCGACUCUGACACCAUUGCAACGCUGGGUGAUGUCGCCUUCUACAUCUUCUGCGCGUGCGCACUCGGCGCUCACGUCGUCCUCGUCCGACGCCGCCUCCUCUCUCGCGGCCAAGAUUGAGGCUUCCCUCAAUGUGCUUGCUUCGCACAAGGCUAUGAGCGCAGCACGGCUCGAGGCAUUGCGCGACCUUGAAGAAGAGUUUGUGCAGUGUGUCGUCCACAGCUCAGGGCCCUUUGCAGUCGCGAGGCAAAGAGGCGCAGGGCAUGGAAACGUUGGAACAACAACAACAUCAGCGGCUAUCGGUCUGAUCCCGCAGCAUGCAGUCGACAUGAUUAUCUGCAUUAUCGUCUCGACACCAAGCGCGCCAGCCCGCUUCGAGCUUUUGGGAGGUGACGCCGAAAUUCGCCAGUUCCUUCAGUGUCGUAGAGCGAAGCUGGCUUCGGCUUCGGCAGACGAGGCCGAGACUUCGCUCUUGGAGAAAUGUGAGGAGCUGCUCCUUGUUCACGAUUUCGAAUUGGAACGGCAAGAGCGUCGAACGGAGGAGCAGAGGGAUUAUACAGCACCUCCGUCCGAUGUGCAGAUAGCAGCCCAAACGACAACGAAGACUUCGAUGGACCAGGUCAAACGGGUUCGAGGACGAGUCUCGGACUCAUUUGAGCGGCUGAGAGCUUCAAUGCUGGAGGCGAGCCCUUCACCUAGGCAGAGAGACGGAACGCCUUUGAGCGAUGACUCCUUUAGGACGGCAAAAGAGUCUACGUCACCUGGCAAAAAGAGAGACGCAACGACGCCCCCAGAAAAGUUGAUGAAUGGGAGCUCGCCGCAGAGGACACAGUAUCCGCACGCAGACACAGCUGAGCCGUUGCAGUCUACCGUUAGGCGAGCUACCAAGACUCGAGAACGAGAGGCGGGGCCGCGUGAUCGGGCAAGAGACAAGAGACCAAGAGAGGAAAGAUCGAGACUCGAUCGACAGAGGACGACAGCUAUAGAUGGGACCACGCGAGCCACUUCCCCGAUGCGCAUUGAUCGGGGGCAGAAGAUCUCUCGGCAAGAGGAAGUCGGCACUGGCAGCAACAGCGGCAUUGUCGUGCUGAGUGGCGAUCUCAACGAAGCGUCAGCCUGCUUCCAGCGCGGCCGAAGACCUCUCGUUGUAAUGGAAGAAUUGCGCGACAACAGCGGUUUGAACACGCCUUCCCCGCAGUCACCGCUCAAGAAAAUCAUGGGCCCUUCGCCAGCCGUCAAAAGAGCCCAGGCCAGAAGUGUGAGCCCCGUCAAGAAGGAAGCUAGGCUGGAGGCAAUCAGACGGAGACCAGAAAGCCCAACGAAGCGACAGUGAGCUAUUUUACCUCCCCCCCUGCUCUUUGCAGCCUCUUUGCAUACCACGUAUAUCCCUCCAAACAUAAGAUGCAUCACGUUUUGUUGUCAUAGAUCAUUGCUACCCACUAAUUGGACGUCCUCAUCUACAACUUCGGACCAUGCAAGU